UCAUGUUGUGAAUGAAGUAAUACGUAAAGCUUUUUCUUGAAUAUAAAUAAAGUGAUUUUGUUAGAUUUAUAGGAUAAAAAUAAAUAUUAUACCUACUUUUGAUAUUGAUGAACUAUCGCUGUACGAUAUGGAUACUAUCUUGGAACAGCAGAGAAGUUACCAUGAAGAACGGGAGCGUACCAUGGAUGCUAUGGUCAAGGAAAUUCUUCAUAAAAAGACAGGACAUCGAGAAACGAUAAACGGAGAUCAUAGAUUGAAGAAUUUACAUGAUAGAUACAUUGAAUCAACGAUAAGAUUGAAGGACUUGUACGAAGAUAAGGAUGGCCUGAGGAAAGAGGAGAUUGCAGCCCUAUCAGGGCCCAAUGAGUUUCAGGAGUUUUAUGCAAGGCUUAAGCAAAUCAAGGAAUUCCAUCGAAAACAUCCUAAUGAGAUUUGUGUACCAAUGUCGGUGGAGUUUGAAGAGUUAGCAAACUUAAGAGAAAACCCUGCUGAAGAUUUUACAUGUCCUGUGGAGUUCACAGAUGAAGAGGGCUAUGGAAAGUAUCUGGACCUACACGAGUGCUACGAAAAGUACAUUAAUUUGAAAGGCAUUGAGAAAGUGGACUACAUCACCUACCUGAGCAUAUUCGACCAUCUGUUUGACAUACCCCGUGAACGUAAGAACAGUGAAUACAGGAACUAUAUUCGUGCCCUGUUGACUUACUUGAAAGACUUCGUGAACCGUGUCAAGCCGUUGCAGGAUCAAGCGCAAGAGAUGGCUUUAGCUCAUCAGGAGUUCUUAAAGCAAUGGGAGGCUGGUACAUUCCCGGGAUGGCCUAAAGAAACUGGAGGCGCUCUAACUAACGUGGGCGCCCACUUGGAUCUCUCAGCGUUUUCUUCGUGGGAAGAAUUGGCUUCAUUGGGUCUUGAUAGAUUGAAAUCCGCGCUCAUGGCUUUAGGGCUCAAAUGUGGCGGCACUCUGGAAGAACGAGCACAGAGGUUGUUCAGCACCAAAGGUCAGACAGCGUUGGAUAAGUCCCUGGUCGCUAAGAAAGGCGGCAACAAAGCAAAGGCUUCCACUCAGCAGAGACACAAGGAUAUUGCUGCUAUCGAAGCCCAGGUUUACAGAUUCGCGGGUAUAGUGAGCAGUACCCGCGCGGCGACCAUAGAGAAUGUGACACGUCGCGCGGCGCGGGCGGCUGGGGAGCGGCGCGACGACAGCGGCGACGAGAGCGACGCGUCCGCCGCGCCCGACAUCGACUCCGAUGACGACGAAGUGCCGUACAACCCUAAGAAUCUGCCACUCGGCUGGGACGGAAAACCAAUCCCAUAUUGGCUGUAUAAACUGCACGGACUGAACAUCAGCUACACUUGCGAGAUAUGCGGCAACUACACGUACAAGGGACCUAAGGCAUUCCAACGACACUUCGCUGAAUGGCGUCACGCUCACGGCAUGCGGUGCCUUGGCAUUCCCAACACUGCCCAUUUUGCUAAUGUCACUCAAAUUGAGGAUGCACUCGCGCUUUGGGAAAAAAUCAAGCACCAGAAAGAGAAUGAGAGAUUUGUUGCGGAAAAUGAUGAAGAAUUUGAAGAUUCGUUGGGCAAUGUUGUUAAUCGGAAAACGUAUGAGGAUUUAAAGCGACAAGGACUUUUGUAAACUAAUGAAUACAUAUUAUGUACCUCCCAUUAUUAAAAUUAUAUAUUAAAUACGAUUAAGUGUGGCAAAA